CACUUUGGCGACGCUCCCUGGCUCGGGCGAGGAGGCUGGUGCUGCUGCUGCUGCUGCUCACGCUCCCGGCCGGGCGGGCGGCUCCGCAGACGCUCCCUGCUCGGCCCGGGCUCCCUUUGCAGCCGCGCCAGGAGCCGAGGUCGUGCAGAGCUGGUGGGGAGCUUGGCUCUCGUCGCUUCUCCCUCCUACGGCGACUCCCCGCACGGACGGCAGAGGAGGGCAAACCCGGGCCCUGGCCAGGGGCUGGGAAGGAUGGGCGAGGAGGAGGAGGGGGCCGCUCGCCGGAGACGACGCAAGAGGAGCGGGUAGGAAGAAGAGGAGCAGCGGGAUGGGAUUGAAAGGAGACAAUACGUUGACUAAGGAGCCAGAGUGAAUAACUUCUGAAUUGUGAUUGCUACUGGACUAGACUAUGAAUUGACACCUUAGAUUUUGCCUGUUAGAGCUUUUCCAAGUGACUGCGGAGGUGGUUGGACAGCCAUGGCAUUCUUUACUCCAUGGAAGUUGUCUUCUCAGAAACUUGGCUUUUUUCUGGUGACCUUUGGCUUCAUUUGGGGAAUGAUGCUCCUGCAUUUUACUAUCCAACAAAAGACUCAACAUGAAAGCAGUUCAGUGCUUCGUGAGCAAAUACUGGACCUCAGUAAAAGAUAUAUAAAAGCACUGGCAGAAGAGAAUAGAAAUGUGGUGGAUGGGCCUUAUGUUGGGACUAUGACUGCAUAUGAUUUGAAGAAGACACUUGCUGUCUUGCUGGAUAAUAUCCUGCAACGUAUUGGGAAGCUUGAGUCUAAAGUGGAGAACCUUGUAAUCAAUGGCACUGGUGCAAACUCCACAAACAGUACCACCACUGCUACUCCUAGUUCAGGAACUGCUGAAAAGCUCAAUGUUGCAGAUCUUAUUAAUGGAGCCCAGGAACAGUGUGAGCUGCCUCCCAUGGAUGGUUUUCCCCACUGCGAGGGCAAAAUUAAAUGGAUGAAAGAUAUGUGGCGAUCCGAUCCUUGUUAUGCAAGUUACGGUGUGGAUGGGUCCACAUGCUCCUUCUUUAUUUACCUCAGUGAGGUUGAAAACUGGUGUCCUCGUUUACCCUGGAGAGCAAAAAACCCUAAUGAAGAAACCGAUCAAAAGACAAUGGCUGAAAUCAGAACCAAUUUUGAUUUGCUAUACAAAAUGAUGUCCAGACAUGAAGAAUUCCGGUGGAUGAUGCUACGAAUACGGAGGAUGGCUGAUACUUGGAUAGAAGCUAUUAAGUCGCUUGCUGAAAAACAAAACCUGGAGAAAAGAAAACGAAAAAAGGUUCUUGUUCAUCUUGGACUACUCACAAAAGAAUCUGGGUUCAAAAUUGCAGAGAAUGCCUUUAGUGGAGGCCCUCUUGGAGAAUUAGUCCAGUGGAGUGAUCUAAUUACAUCUCUCUAUUUACUUGGCCAUGACAUUAGGAUUUCUGCUUCAUUAGCCGAACUGAAGGAGAUUAUGAAGAAGGUUGUUGGUAACAGAUCUGGUUGCCCCACACAAGGUGAUAGAGUAGUAGAACUCAUUUAUAUAGAUAUCGUUGGACUCACCCAGUUCAAGAAAACCCUUGGACCAUCCUGGGUUCACUAUCAGUGUAUGUUGCGAGUGCUGGAUUCAUUUGGGACUGAACCAGAGUUCAACCAUGCUCAUUACGCCCAAUCGAAAGGCCACAAAACACCCUGGGGGAAAUGGAACCUUAAUCCACAGCAGUUCUACACAAUGUUUCCCCACACUCCAGACAAUAGUUUCCUUGGCUUUGUUGUGGAACAGUAUCUUAAUUCUAGUGACAUCAAGCACUUCAAUGUCAUUAAAAGGCAGAAUCAGUCACUUGUUUAUGGGAAAGUCGACAAUUUCUGGAAGGAUAAGAAGUCUUAUCUCGAUGUCAUUCAUACAUACACUGAAGUUCACGGAACUGUCCAUGGAACAAGUGCUAUCUAUAUGCCUAGUUAUGUCAAAAACCAUGGUAUCCUUAGUGGCCGGGAUUUACAGUUCUUGCUAAGAGGCACAAAACUCUUUGUUGGCCUUGGUUUUCCAUAUGAAGGCCCGGCUCCUUUGGAGGCCAUCGCAAAUGGAUGUGCAUUUCUGAAUCCAAAGUUUAAUCCACCCAAAAGCAGCAAAAACACAGACUUCUUCAAAGGCAAGCCAACCCUCAGAGAGCUGACGUCUCAACACCCCUAUGCCGAAGUCUAUAUUGGAAGGCCUCAUGUCUGGACUGUAAAUAUCAAUGACCUUUCUGAAGUUGAGAAGGCAGUGAAAGCCAUUUUGAGUCAAAAGAUUGAACCAUACUUGCCCUUUGAAUUCACAUGUGAAGGAAUGCUGCAGAGAAUGAAUGUGUUCAUUGAGAAGCAGGAUUUCUGCCACGGACAAGUGAUGUGGCCCCCAUUAAGUGCCCUUCAAGUUAAAAUGGCUGGGCCUGGAAAAUCAUGUAAACAGGUUUGUCAGGAAAAUCAUCUUAUUUGUGAGCCAUCCUUUUUCCAGCACCUGAACAAGGACAAAGACCUCUUGAAAUUCAGCAUUGAAUGCCAUACAGUUGAGUCUGCAAAUGAUAUUCUGGUUCCUUCUUUUGAUGAAAGGCGAAAGCACUGUGUUUUCCAAGGUGAUCUCUUGUUGUUCAGCUGUGCAGGAUCUCAUCCAAACCACAAAAGAAUCUGCCCUUGUAGAGACUAUCUUAAAGGACAAGUUGCACUUUGUAAAGACUGUCUAUAGCAGCAACACACGUGACUUUAUGAAGGGACAAACAAAGCACGUGGCUUAGAGAGCGCUACUGCCAUUUUUUGCACUUUGCUAUUGCAGGCAGAACAGUUGCUGAAGAGUAGAAGUCUGUACCAAGAAUGGAACAAAUAAGAAGAUUAAAAGUAAAAUCUUUGGUGAUGUUAAGGGCUUUCUAAGUCAGCAACUGCCAUAAGGCCCAUGGGAAGUCACUUUAUUUACUUAAGAAGAUGACAAAUGAAACCCAACACUUUGUAAGAGGUAAAACAAAAGCUUGGGAUAUCUUGCAUUUUCCUUCCUAACAACUCACCAUGGUGAAGAACUGUUUUUGGAUAUUAUUUCACCAGUACAAAAAGAAGAUGUGAAAGGGGCAGUGCAGGAAAGACUACAAAACAUAUCCUGGGCAUACAGACUCUAGCAUUUUCCAGAGCUCUGAAUGGCUGGUGCUGUUCCUGCAAACUUGGAACUACAAGAUAAUGCAGCUACUGAACAUCUCACCAUUGACUAUUGGUUUCUCUCUUACCUGUCACGUAUGGAGCAGUAUCACCUACAAACCAUGCAACAUUGAGACAACUAAGGAAGCAGCACCAUGAAUUGGAAGAGCUAGAGCAAGAGGUCCUUUCUGGGUGGAUCAUGGAUCAUGACUCAAAUCAGUCAGGGCUUCCGUAGCUGCAUAAGCACUCUGUCUAGAAUCAUGAAUGUGCUGUCUAGAAUCAUGAUUGACCCUAGGUUUUUUUUUUCACAAGGUGGCAAUUAGAAAUGCUUUGUGAUCAUUGAAAGCAGUAUGGUUUCCUUUGAGCAAUAUUUUCCUGAAUUUUCUGUUAAAGUAGUGAAGCUGAAAGACGAGAGUAGAAAUGAGGCUGUUCCCGAAACUGUUUGUGGUAGAAGUGUGGCCUACCUUGUAAUCUUCGGGCAACUUGAAGAGCUACUGUGGAACACACACACCACUUACACCUUUGCUACAAAAGAGAGGAGCGUCUUUUCUGCCAUUUUUAUAGUUAACAAAAAAUAUGUGGAAACAUAACAGUUAAUGUACAAUUACAGUUAAUGAAAAGUGCUGGACUCAGAUUUUGCUUGUAGACAUGCAAUGAGCUCUUCCUUUUAAAAAAUGUACAGUAUCUUUUAUUUCAAAAAAUGUUUUUGCUGCACAAUUGACACAUCUUUAUAUGCACUACUUGUGGAUUAUGUAAAUGGCAUUUGGUAAAGAGAAGCCUUCACAAUUCCGCAAUAAGGUCUUGAAAGCUACUGUAGGUCAGGGCAGCAAGGAAAGGUUGGACCAUUUUCAAUAUCACAUCUGUAUAUGCUGUUUUGGUUUUCUUCUACUAUUUCUACUCAUGAAGUAAUACACUUAUUUCUAUCUUUUGUAAUAUAGUUCAUUACUUUCUUCUAUGAGCACUACUAGCAUAGCUCUUGAUAUGCCAAAGACCAGGAGAGAAAACAUUAUUCUCAAACAAAUUGUCAAGGUAAGGCUUAAAAACAGAACAUUUAAAAAUAUAGGCCAGUGUCUACUUGGUGUCAUUUCACUUUGACAAAUAGUAUUGUGUUUGGCUGAAAUCCUGUAUGGUUCCUGGCAGAGCGUAAAACUCUGAAAGACUUCUUUUGCUUGUUGUCUUCUUCCAUUGUCACAUGCGUUUCCCCUAGCCUGUACAGACACUCCUUCAGCCUGUCAAUACAAGGUGAAGGCUCUUCCUCUUUCUGGUUAGUCUCUGGGAUCAUGCUUGCUUUCCAUUCAUUGGCCAUGGGAUCUACUGCAGCACCCACAAGCUGUGGCUUGAGGGUUGGUGAUGGGAUGUCAUUGCACAGGUAGGUGCUGGAUAUCUCCUUUUGCAAUGACCUUAAAAACUAUUGCAUCUACCAACAUACAUUACUAAACAAGUUCAAAUAAUCUUGUUCUAGACCCAAUGCAGUCAAGGCUGUAGCAGAGGGAGAGGUUUAAGGAUUCAACCUCCUCCAAAAUGUGUCAGGUUUUAACUGAAUUUUAACUCAUUAAUCAAUUUAUGAGUAAAUAACGUUGUUUUUUUUACCUUGACACAUUUCGGGCGGGGGGAGGGUUGAACUUUUAAACCUCCCCACCCAUGGGCCUGAAUGCAGUUAUCCAUUUCUAGAUGCAGUUGCAUGCCAAGGAACCAGAAAAACAAGUGUGCAGUUCUUCCUUUACAUUUGUGGUUUUGACUUUAGCAGAUUUGAUUAUUCGUGGAUUUUAUUACUAUAUUUUCUCUAGGAAUCUCCAGGUUCUUCAGUCUGACUCUAUGGUCAAUUGUCUCCACUCAUGCUGGAGGAUCUGAAGAUUUUUGAGAGAAAACAUCUCUAGACAUUUCUCAGUCCUCCAGUGUGAUUCUAUGGUCAACUUCCAGUUUAGGAGCCUCUUCACAUGGGUUUUUUUUUGGCCACGUUCUUCCAUUUGUCGACGAGACCUGCUAAGCAUCACCAGACAACUGCCCACAUUCCUCCCAAAAUGGAGGGGAAGAGUGUUUUUCGGAUAGCUCCGAUGGAAUUAGCCGCACAUUCCUCUCCUUUUCCCCAUAUGAUGAGAGAAAGCGUGACAGGGCAACAUGCGUUGCCACCCUUUCACCCAUAUCAUUGGGACAGGACACCAAUUCACCUUGUCCUGUCCCCACCAUAUGAGGGAAGAAGGGAGGGGGCACCACAAGGUGCCCCACUUGCCUUCCCUUUUACCAGCAACUGCCGGCAAAAGAGGUCUUCCAGCAUGACUUCGAUUCAUGCUAGACCAGUGGUUCUCAACCUGUGGGUCCCCAGGUGUUUUGGCCUACAACUCCCAGAAAUCACAGCCAGCUUACAAGCUGUUAGGAUUUCUGGAAGUUGAAGGCCAAAACAUCUGGGGACCCACAGGUUGAGAACCACUGUGUUAGAAGAUCUAGAAAUUCAUAGAGAGGUGUUCUCUCAGGUUAAAAAAUAGCAAUUUCUAUGUGCACGGCUUUCACUUUCAUGGAAGUUUUGUGCCCUUAAUGUGGAGGGCUGACUUUUCUCUCACUUGCUGCCACUGAGAAAAAGUAACAGAACACUUAAUGUUGUUUCCCUGCUAAUGUUGUGUAGGAUUUAAGGCAUAUGUUUAUUUAAGUUGCAUAUAAAUCCAUGCAUAUAUAUUUGUGAGAAAGAAUAACUAUUUUUAUUAUGGAACAUAAUAAUGGCAGGCUUGAGUUAAAACCUGGUUCUUUCAAUUCUGAUGAAAUAUUUCCCUUUUCUAACCAUUUCAUUUUACAGUCAUAUCUCCAGAAUUGUUUUUCAGUAAUGGUGCUAAACAUUCAUAACAUUACGAGGAAAAUGGUUCAUCAAAGAAACUAAAACAGUUUAUGUGGAAUUGAAACUGAGCAGCAGCUGGUCCAAACUCUGUAUUAGGCUUCACCUAAACGGCUUUUGGAAUCAAAAGGCCAACUCACAACUUGAAUUUCUGCAUUAUUUAGCACUUGGGAUUUAAUAUUUUGUGGGUUAAUAUCAACUAAUUUUAGGCCCACUGUCUAAAAGUGCAACAAGAACAGUGCCACGUUUUGUUUUGUUUUAGUUGCAAAAUAAAAAUUGACCAUUUUCAGUUUUGCCACACUUGAUGGUAAUAGACCUAAAUUAUUUAAUCUAUGAUAUAUUCUUGGUUUAUAACAGACUUUUGCCAAGUUGAAGGCAAAAAAACAAAAAAACAAAGCACUACCCACAGUUAACGCAGCAGCAAAACCAUCUGAAAUGGUUCAGCACUGUAAAUACAGAUUUAUAAAUGUUUUUAUAUUAGUUUUCAAAUUAGGAAUGCUCCAGUCUAAUAUUUCUUCUGUCCAAUUAGAAAGGCUACUGUAGGUCAGUUGCAGGAAAGUUGUAGCAGGGAUGGUUAGGAAACUGAUCUAUCACUUGAGGAUCUUUCCUUCAGUGUUGGUAUGGAUUUCAUACUCUGACAUUACAUUCUCUUGUCUAACUUCAUACAUGACUUGUGUGCUUGUCUGUCUUUAUACAUGACUUUCUGGAGGAAAUUAGGCCAGAAUGAGCUCUAGGACAAGCAUAGGGUUUUGCUAGUUUGUUGGUGCAACAUAGGGCUUUCAGCAGAUGAUAGAGCCGAAAAAUGGCUAGCGUAGUGACUUGAUGUUCAUUGGCCAAAAAGAAAACAAACAAAAAAAUUAGCUGCUUAGUGGCAAUGUAGAAAAUCUGGAGUGACUGUACAGGAAAAUAAAACAGAUGAAGUUCUUACUGUAAGAAUGUUAUAGUAUAUAAUUGAAAAUAGAAGCAGACCUUUGAUAGACUUGCUGAGAUGUUUCAUACUUUUCUGUUGCAUUUUUUAUGUCAGUAAUACACUGCUGAUCAUGGAAGGGAUUUAUUUAAUGUGUAUGUUUGCCUUGUUAUAUGGCAAAUGCAAUAUUUGUUUACUUGGAAGACUUGGUGGUGGAAUAAAAUCUGAAGCUUCAACUGACCGUUGUUGCAGUAGGCAUAGACUUGAUAGACCUGGGACUUCUUUUUUUAAAAAAAAAGCAUUUGCAUUUGAAUGCAAGAACAAAUGAGUCCUCGACAGUUAGCUAUCUUUUCUGUAAGCUAGUAGAUGAAUGUCAAGGCAUUUUGUUCUCAAGGUGUCUAUUUAAAGCUAUAAGAGUCUAUGGAUAACCCUGUAGGGAAUGCCUUCCUUGCUUAACUUGAAUAAUUUCUUUUAAGGCUAAAUGCAAAAAACAAAUGAUUGAGAAUUUAUUUUCAGAAGAUCUAAGUAAAAGUAAAGGUCUUUUUUUUUUUCAAACAAAUUCCAGUGCCAGGCACAAUCUGUCAGAUUUUGGCUUUAGAUACCAGGUGUAAUUGAUGGAUUUCCAUUAAGUCAAAGAUAUAAUGAAAAACAUCAUCACUAGAAGCAGCAAGUCUUCAUAUAUCAAAAAUUCCUUUAUUUACAGGUUUAUAGAAAUAUGUAUAUGUGUAUGUAUGUAUGUUUUUCUUUGAUCUGGUAUGUUUAAACUCUUCUGUGAGAUUACCAAAACUUGAGAGAAGCAUUUACAUAAUUUAUUUUUAAAAUUUUUAACAUUAAAAGCUUGCCUUUGAAAGGUAACAGUUAAAUACACUGUUUAAAAUGCCAAUAAAAACCUCAUUUAUUUCAUAUAUGCAAGUUGAUUUGCACAUAUAAAUAAGUAUGCUUUGAGUAUAUUUCACAUAGUUUUAGUCGUUUGUCUCUUUUGUAGUCCAGAGAUGCAGUGGUUAGAGAGGGUAUUUUUGGUUUUUGCAUGGCAAUGAUAAGACAUUCUGCUAAUAGGUGUGCCUUUAAUUUUUAUUUUCAAUCAUUGUGUAUUUGGGAUGCAGACAAUGCCUGAAUAACUGUAAUGGAACACUGAUUUUUGAUGAUUAAUAGACUUUAUGUAAAUAAAUAUUUUUUAUAAUUGUAUUUUCUAUUGGGAGAGGACAAAGGUGUUGAAGCAAAGAACAUCCUACAAACUGCAAACUUGUCAACAGAAUGUUGCCUAUUGAUAUUUGUACUUGAAUGUUUGCGUCUAUAACUAAUGCACUUAUCCAAGGCAUUAUUUGUGCUACAUCUUAGCAAAGAAGGAAAGACAAAAAUACAGUUGCCCACAUACACAAAGGAUUGAGGUUUAUGGUCAGGAGGGCUUUGAUGGUGUGUCCCUGCACGGUAAAAUGGCAUUGGGCUCUAUGAUUCUAUGAAGCUGUACUUGUGAAGCCCAAUAUCACAGAAUUAGAAGAUAUAAAUUGACAAAUUCAUUAAUCCCGUACAUUAUUGUUUUCUAAACUAGCGUAUCUUUUGGAUUGGCUCAUCUGUUUUGUUACGGAGCAUGAAAGUGUUGUGAAUUAUAAUUUUUAUUCAUAUCAAAGCACUCCUAUUGCUCUCUUAUUUAAGAGUGGGGAACAUUUCCCUUUUUUCAAAUAUUAGCAUGAUGUUUUGAAAACUUAUUCUAAUGUCUCAGAAAAAAAAUCUGAUAGACAAGCUAUGAGUUUUACCAUGUAAACAUUCCAGAAGCUGCUUAAAAAGAGAGAGAAACUCACACGAGUUCUUCCUCCUCACCAGGUACUUUUGAAAAAAGAAACAGGUUCAUGGGGAUUAGGGUGCUUGGUAGUCUCCUCUUGGUAGUCUCAGACCUGACUUCAUUGCUCAGUCAGAAUCACCCAUCACCUCUGUUAUCCGAUUGCACUGUUCACACACGUCUCUACAACCCCAGGGCUACGUGACUAGCAGUAACCAAACUGUGUGCAGGGCUUUUAAGGUCUGGAAAAUAUUCCAAGAUUUAGUGACACUUCAUUUUAAUGUCAUUAGACCUCCUUAUUUUCACAAAUGGCCACUGAAGUAUGUUGUCUUCUUUGUUAUUCGCUCAGCCUGGCUUCAUUUAUACAGCUAUUCCACAAGAGGAUUUUGAGUGUUUCAGCAGGUCCGGGUUUGAAACCUAUCAGUAGACCAACUGUUGAUGGUGAAACAACAUUUAUGUAAAUCAUGUUGUUUCAACAGGUCUAGUCAACUUGGGACUGCCAACAGGAUUCAAACCUCUGUUUAAAAAAAUACAGAAAUAUUCUUCGGAGAUGCAGUGAUACAUUAAUAUGUAAUAUUUUCAUGAUAUUUUCAUAUCUUGACAGUCCAAUGGUUUCUCUUGCUUAGCUGGCAGGCUUUUUUCUAUUUUACACACACACACAUACACACACAUAUAUAUAUUGGCACAGUUGAGAUUGCAUUUGCCAUGUAAGUUUUAGAUCCAUGGUUUAAAUAUUUUGUUACCUUCUGGACCCAAAUAUUCUGUGGGACCUUUUGUCUAUUUCAAAGUACAUAGCGUUUUUGGGCCUUUCUAUUUUUUAGUAUCCUUCCUCUUAUUUGGACUGUUUGUUUUAUUUAAAAAAAAAAACCUCCAAAAUCAUUUUAGUUGUAGCUUAAGACUAAAAAAAAGUUAACAUUUUCAUUUAUAUCACCUUCCUUAAAAAAGCAGCAAGAACUUGAGUAAUAUAUUACAUUUUAUGGUGACAGUACUAGUACUUGUAUUGUUUGCAAAUUCUGUGAGAUUGCUAGCUUAGGUAUGCUUUGAAAGAAAAGAAACCUAUUAUUUAAGAAGCAUGGGCAUGUAUAGAGAAGAGUCACUCGUUUUUUGGUUUUUUUUAAAUCACAAUAAUUGAGAUCUGGUGCUAAGCAAUGUUCAGAAACCAUGCUGUGCCUUGAGCUUCGAGAUAAAUGGUUGGCAAAGCAUGAUCUAAAGCUGCUUUAGGCGUUUCCAUUUUCAACUCCUGUUGAUGGCUGUAAUUAUAGUCAUCACUAAUCUGCACAAAUUGGCACAAUAGUACUCCACAAUUGGUACAAAAUUUGGUAUGCAAGUCUGCUUGGGUGGGCAUUUUAGCCACCCAAGGCAAACAUGUUUCAAGAUCAGUCUCAUGUUCAGAUGUUAAAAUCAACCAGUGUUCUGUGUUUUUUCUGAACCCAGUCAUAGCCCAGUUACAGAUUAUGGUGAAGAUUCAUUACAUGCAUUUCAGUGUGCCCAAAAAUUACUUUUCCUGAUUUUAUUGUUAAAUCAUGAAUUCUAUACGUUCAUAUCUCUUUCCUUUUUUAGUUCCCUGGUGCUCUAAAGCUUUCUCUUGUUAAAAGCCAUGAGUUUCCCCAAUAAUGUAACACAUUUGCACAUAUAAUUAGAACAUCAGUAUCAGUGCUCCUAAAGUGUCCAAGUUCCAUCUAUGUGGAGUGUGGUGGGGUCUCCUUUGGAGGUUUUUAAGCAGAGGCUAGAUGGCCAUCUGUGGUCUCUUUCAACUCUGAUUCUAUUUAAUCCAUUCAUUGGUGAACAAUGGAAAUUAAGUGUUUUAGCAUCUCUUGCUGUUAGGUUUUUAAAUUCAUCAUGAAUAGUCAUCUCUUCCAACUCUCUGAAUCCUAUUCUCCUGCUGUACCAACUGAAGCCACAGUUCUACCAUUUAUAUAUUGAGGAUGACAUCCAUAAUUGCAUGGGUGGAUCUCCACUAAUGCAACAGAAUUUCUCAUUCCUCUCCCCCCUACAUCACAUCCUACUUCAUUUUCAUUUUUCUUAUCCAGAAAGAAAAGGGGUAGAUGUUUGAAGCAAAAUGAAUCUCAUCUGUGCUUACCAGGUGCCCAGUCUCUUUUAAUGGUGGAACUAAUGUCAGGCAGAUAAACAUGCACUGCUUGGGGCGCUCUGGAGACUGUGAUCAAGUUGAGUGCUGCAUACUAAAAGAUACCGUAAAAACAUAAAAAGGGUUUCACAAGUAUGAAUAAAGUGGGGUGGCAGAAAAGCAAAAGCCACAGGUGUUUUUUUUUGUUUUGUUUUGUUUUACUAUGUCAAGAAAACACAUGCAGAGAGACCUUCUUGGCAGACCAAUGUGUUAAGAAAAUAAUAAAGAAAAGGGGGGAACGUGAGUACUAUUCAACUGAGUAACAAAUAGGGUUUAAUAUGUUUUUAAGUUUAACAAUCUGUUCUAAAAGCACUGUUCGUUUGUUGUUUUUUAAAAAUACAUGCUUGAAAUUUUAUUUUUUUAUUUUCUAGAUUGUGUUCCGCUAUAUUUUGUUCAAGCAGUUUGUUUCACAGCAAGUGUAAUUGUCAAAUUAGAGGUGUAAUAACAUGGGCAAUUUAAAACUAAGGUGUAAAUGUCUGUAUUUUCAUGGCUGGCAAAAUUCUUUUGUUUUCACUGUUGUAGGGAGAACUAGAGAGAAUUUUAUUUUUCAAUAAACUUUUUUCUUGUGUGA